GUUCCUAGCUGAGCUGUUUCUCCCCGGUGGCUUCAUGCGGACGGACCGAGGCAACAUGACGGCCGCCAGCGGAGCCUCCAGCCUGGAUGUCAGAGAGGAAGCACAAAGUGAGGACGAGGCCAAACUGCAGAUGCUCAAAGGUGCGGCCUUCCUGACCACGGUGGCGUCUGCCGGGAUGAUCGCAGGGUUUGGCUCCACGCUGGCGAUGGCUAAGAAGAAAAGCCCAGACUGGUUUAACAAGGGCGUCGCGGCCACGGCGGCGGUCCCGGAGAGCGGGGCGUCGCUGGCGCUCCGGGCCCUGGGCUGGGGCUCCCUGUACGCCUGGGGCGGCGUCGGCCUGCUCAGCUUCGCCGUGUGGAAAGCCCUCGGCGUCCACAGCCUGUCAGACUUCCGGCAGAAGAUGCAGUCCUUCUUCCCGUCCAUCCCGAAGAGCCCAGAGGCCCAAAGCGGCUCCCAGACCCCCGACUGGGACUCCCUCUUCAGGGCCAAAUCCUCCUGACCCGCGGCCGAGCGUGGACCGACCGAACGAGACGAACCACAGAGAGACGUGACAUCAGCCGGACGAGGCCGAGCGCCCGAGCCGCCUCGUUCCCACAGAGGCUCAAACCAGUUCCUGUGACUGGUUUCACUGGAGCGUCUCCCUGCAGGGCGUCAGGGCGUCAGGGCGUCAGGGCGUCAGGGCGUCAGGGCGCCAGGGCGUCAGGGCGUGAGCCGCUUCGGAGAAACUCGUCCAGCUCGCCGUUUGCUUUCAGAGCCGCUCUCUGUUCUUCCAGCUGUGGAGGAACUGAGCUUUGACUGCUGUGUUUAACCUUUGGAUCUUCUCUCAUUUCUACCUGGUAAAGCUUCAGCUGGCAGCCCCCCAGGUGACCCGCCAGGUGACCCCCCAGGUGACCCACCAGGUGACCAGGUGACCCACCAUCACCUGGCCGGGGCUGAAAAUCCUUUAAAAGGUGGUGAAGGUGUAAAAUAAAACAAGAACUUAAAGCUAAC